AGAGACACGUUCAUUGGCUGCCAACCAGGGCCAGGGAUCUAGCCGGCAACGGAGGUAGUGCCCUUGAUCGGAAUCUAACCCAGGACCUUUCUUACUCUGGGCCAACGCUCUAUCCACUGAGCCAAACCAGCUAGGGCUAGAUUCCCUCAAGUUUAACUGAAAGUCUCCAAUCACAGGGGUAAUUUGCUAACCCUGUGCAAACUGGUUUCACUCUCAAUCUUCCAUAAUCUGUCAACAUUGAUCUUUCCAAACGGGUAAAUCUGUCCUAACACACCUCUUUAAAAUCCUUCAAAGGUCCCAAAUGCCAUCAGAACACAGUCCAAAUUACUUAGCUUGCAAACCUUUUCCAGAUCUGUCUCCUCCAGUCUCCCCAGCCACACCUUCCAUUCACGCCAAACUGAAUCCCUUGCUGUCCCUUCAAAUGCGCUGGACCCCUUCACGCACCAGGCGCUUGCCUGUGCCAGUUCCUUUUUCCUCUUCAAACAGGUAGAUACCAGGUUAACUCUUUAGAUUCCGUUCAAGCAGCACUUCCGCCCGGAGUCCUUUCUCUGUGCUCCUGGUGGUGCACCCGGGGCACAGCUCCAACAAAACGCCUAUGCCAUAUCGCGGGAGAGUCCACCUCGUUCUUCUUUGUAAACCUGAGCCCACCACAUGAUGGAAACCAGAAAGGGAAAGGUGAAAAGGCUGAAAUAAGCCAGGACUGAUAGUCGGUGUUUCAGCUGGGCUCCCGUCCAGGAGGAAGCGCUAGGGCGAAUAAUGUAACCCUCACCAAGUCAAGCUUUCCCCGGGUCCCAACAGAUGGCGGAGCCGGGUGGGCACACACAGAGCGGUUCCACGGCUGUGUAAUCUGGAAGAAUACCCCAGAACUCCCACCAUCAUCCCCUAGCGCCAGCAAACGCUCAAUUAAUUCUUACAGGAGAAAUUAACUAUAGGCCACAAGAUAAUGGCGCGAAGGUUUGACUGGUCAGACCGCCCCUGGUUCCAGAACGUCCCGCUGCAGCCUCCUGCACUGGUAGUCCUGCGGCGAUGGCGCAGGUCUGGGCAUGCGCAGAACUCCUGCGCGUUGUCGUUCACCAGGUGAGCCGAGAAAGGCGGGGCUUCGCUGAGCAUCCUGGGAAUUGUAGUGUCGGCUAGAGAUCGCUCUCGGCGCCGGCGGAAACCGACGUGCCCUUCCGGGCUCAAACGCCGCGCUUCGCAAAAGGGGAAAAUCCGGUGGGUUCCCCGAGAGACAGACAAUGGCUACCUACAGCCUGGCAAACGAGCGACUACGCGCCUUGGAAGACAUCGAACGGGAAAUCGGCGCCAUCCUUCAGAAUGCAGGUACCGUAAUCCUGGAACUUUCCAAGGAAAAAACCAAUGAGCGGCUGCUAGACCGACAAGCGGCGGCUUUCACGGCGUCGGUGCAACACGUAGAAGCGGAGCUGUCGGCUCAGAUCCGCUACCUAACCCAGGUGGCCACAGGGCAGCCCCACGAGGGCUCCAGCUACUCUUCAAGGAAGGACUGUCAGAUGGCACUAAAGCGGGUGGACUAUGCUCGCCUCAAGCUCAGCGAUGUGGCCCGAACCUGUGAGCAGAUGCUGGAAAACUAAGCCAAGUAGGCAGAGAGACAUCUUGGAGGCAGAUCGCCACCUGCCCCCCGGGACAGAACCUGGAGACCUUUAGAUUGAGGAGCACCGGCUGCCAUGCAUGUCCUGCUGGUCAUAUAUGAGGACAAAGAGGCAAAAGGUGGGAAUGGAGAAACUUUAAGCCCACGUCUGCCCACGACUCUGUGCUGGCUCCUCUAGCAGGUGCUCCUGCUCUAACUUCACCAAAGUGCUGACAAGCUCAGACAGGAGAUAAAGAGUCAGUCACCCAACCCACUUCCUCAGCUAUUUCAUGUCCUUGUCCCCCUCCACUGACUUGACCCAAUGAAGACACAUUCUUCAUUGGAAGAGAGAAAACAGGAACUAAGGGUUUUGAUAAUGAAAAACAACAACAAUAAGGACAGUGAGCUCAGACUGA